UUUUUUGUUGUGUUCAUCAUCGUCGUAUAGAGUUGGUUGUUUUGAAAAAUUUCAACAAUUGAAAUGUUCAUUCUACGAAGAUCUCAACAGAAAUUAAAAGUGCCAUCAAUAUGGUUUUUCAUCUUUGGCUUUUAUAUCAUCAUCCUCAUGAAUCACAGCAUAUUAACAUGUGCUAAACCAAGUAAAUCAAAAAAAUCUCAACCUAAAACUAAAUUCGUUGUAGUCGAUACAGCCAAAUAUUUACCGUUAAUAAAGGAACAUGCUUCUCCCAAUACAUUAGCAGCAAUUGCCGAAGCCGAAGUACAAGAAUCAGCAAAACAUUAUACGCAUAAAAAACCUAAAUAUCAUAAAAUGUAUCCAGAAUCACCGCAAGCUGUGCCACAUUCAUUGAAACAAAUUGCUGGACAUUAUUCAAACAUUUAUCAACCACCAUUUCCAUACAAAAAAGUCAGACAUCAUCAUUAUCAUCCGAUAGUGUUGUAUAAAAAGAAAAAAAUACCGGGCAAAUAUUGGCACGAGGCUCAACGACGAUUAGUGACCAAACAUGGAGGCUUAGACAUACUUGGAGACAUCGUUCAAUUGCCAAAUGGCCGUGUAUUGGAUGGAAAUCUUGGUCAAAAUGUUCCCAAUUUCAAUGAUGGCUAUUUCAAACCAUGGGAAUUGAGAGCUCGAUUAAUGAAACAACAACGUGAAUUGGUCAAAAGUCUAAUCAAAGCAUUAAUACGUUUGGCAAGAGAUCCACCAGCAACAGGUUCAUUCAUAGUGAAAGAGAUUGAUAUGCUCGAUUAGAAUA